AUGUGGACUAGAACUGCUGGCAGUAAGUGUGGAGAUGUGUUCCUCACUGGCAGUAAGUGUGGAGAUGUGUUCCUCACUGGCAGUAAGUGUGGAGAUGUGUUCCUCACUGGCAGUAAGUGUGGAGAUGUGUUCCUCACUGGCAGUAAGUGUGGAGAUGUGUUCCUCACUGGCAGUAAGUGUGGAGAUGUGUUCCUCACUGGCAGUAAGUGUGGAGAUGUGUUCCUCACUGGCAGUAAGUGUGGAGAUGUGUUCCUCACUGGCAGUAAGUGUGGAGAUGUGUUCCUCACUGGCAGUAAGUGUGGAGAUGUGUUCCUCACUGGCAGUAAGUGUGGAGAUGUGUUCCUCACUGGCAGUAAGUGUGGAGAUGUGUUCCUCACUGGCAGUAAGUGUGGAGAUGUGUUCCUCACUGGCAGUAAGUGUGGAGAUGUGUUCCUCACUGGCAGUAAGUGUGGAGAUGUGUUCCUCACUGGCAGUAAGUGUGGAGAUGUGUUCCUCACUGGCAGUAAGUGUGGAGAUGUGUUCCUCACUGGCAGUAAGUGUGGAGAUGUGUUCCUCACUGGCAGUAAGUGUGGAGAUGUGUUCCUCACUGGCAGUAAGUGUGGAGAUGUGUUCCUCACUGGCAGUAAGUGUGGAGAUGUGUUCCUCACUGGCAGUAAGUGUGGAGAUGUGUUCCUCACUGGCAGUAAGUGUGGAGAUGUGUUCCUCACUGGCAGUAAGUGUGGAGAUGUGUUCCUCACUGGCAGUAAGUGUGGAGAUGUGUUCCUCACUGGCAGUAAGUGUGGAGAUGUGUUCCUCACUGGCAGUAAGUGUGGAGAUGUGUUCCUCACUGGCAGUAAGUGUGGAGAUGUGUUCCUCACUGGCAGUAAGUGUGGAGAUGUGUUCCUCACUGGCAGUAAGUGUGGAGAUGUGUUCCUCACUGGCAGUAAGUGUGGAGAUGUCUCAAAGCAACGCAUAUAG